AUGAUUCUGAUUGUCCGUGGCCCACAUGGUCAAAGACGAGUGCAGGUUGAGGAUGCGCAGGCAAUAGGGCCGCAGCUCAAGAAAACAUUUGAAGUUGUGUCUCUGCGCAUUUUUAUGCAGCCUGAUGCAGUAGAAGAGGUUGACAUAGAACAGUCUCCAGAUGCAUUGGAAUUGAAGAACGGAAGUGUGAUGUAUGUGCAGUACGAUGUGCAUGUAAGUAUUCCGAAUGACAAUCGAUCGGAGCCUGUGCCACAAGAUCUGCUUGUGAGUGAGGGAUCAACAAGGAAGCGUACCACUGAACGAGGAAUACACAGAGGGCGUGACGAAAUGAUGUGUCAACAUGACUCAAGAGCAAUGUGCAGUCACUGUGCACCAUUAGAUCCAUGGGACGAGAGAUAUCAUAAAGAAAACAUGAUCAAAUAUCUUAGCUUUGGGUCUUAUAAGGAGAUGAUGAAGAGCAACAAGAAGGAGAUGUGUGCAGAGAGCUAUAUAGUGGUUGUAUGCAGCGAUCAUGGUCAAAACACACGAUGUACUCGAUGCCAGGAAAGAAGCAUAAUACUGAUGCCGCAAACGUUCCGGAUGAUUGAUCAUGUUGAGUUUGAUGGUCAGCAUCAUGUGGAGAACUUUAUCAAGGGAUGGAAAGACAGCAGAAGACAAAGAUUUGGAUUUCUUGUUGGAAAAUACAUAGGAUAUGAUUUAGUGCCUUUAGGCAUGAAAGCUGUGGUAUCUGGAAUAUGGGAACCUGAACAAGAAAAUUAUCCGGAUGGAUUUGUUUUACUAGAUGAGAGUAACGAUUUUCUGCAUGGAAGCGGACUGGAGGUUAUUGGAAUGAUAUACACGGAUAUACACAUGGAAGGAGGUGAGAUGAUGAGCGACAAGCUUGCAAGGGACUAUUUUUUGUCAUCUCUUGAGAUACAAUUUAUUGCGACGAUGCAACAGAAGCAUCCAUAUGUAAUAGCUGAUGGCAAUAAAAAGGAUGAGUUUGGAUCCAGGUUUGUGACGAUAGUUGCCACUGCAGAUACUGAAGGAAAUGUUGUGCUUAUGGAAUAUCAGGUGAGUACGCAGUGCAUGGCCCUGGUGAAGGAGAAUGCAAUACUUGCAACUGAAGAGCCAAGGAUGUUUAUGGCAGCAAAGGAUAUUGUUUAUCGAACAAAAAGCAAUGCAGAGAUGGUGAAAGCAAAUCCUUAUUUUCCUGGCGACUUUUUCAUAGUGAGGCUGACGCAUGGAUGUUUGCAUACACCUAUGUUUAGUAAUGAGGAGUAUGUUCCUGGUAAGAUGAGCAGAAAGCGAAUGGCAGAGUUCUUUGAAGGGGAUUUUUCGAUGUAUAAGCUAUCUAGCUUCAGUUUAUUGAUGAAGCUCCGAGGAGUGUUUGGUAAGUGGAAGGAGCUAUUCAAGAGUAUUGUUGAGAACGAUAGCCGCAUGUUUGAGGAAGUUUUGAGCAGUAAGGAGUUCAAAGGGUUUGCUACUGAGCUUGAUAAGUAUGCUUGCAAGAGCUGGGCAUGCUCAAGAUGUACAUUUAUCAAUGAAGGCGGUCCAAAUGAAUGCAAUAUAUGUGGGACAGAGAAGAUGUGA